AAACUGAGACAUUGUUGCCCAAGUCAGUACUACUGCAAGGCUACAUCACAACUAUAUCUUCUGUAAAGUUGAAUUGGAAAAGAAAAAGGGCUUUCCAUAACAAAUGAAUAAGGCUUCUACAAUGCUCGCCAAAUUUUGGCUGGGCAUAAUAUGUAUUUUGGGAUCUUCAUAUUUCGCACGGGCAACACUUUGUAAUGUAACUGAACACAACAUUCUUACGAGAAAUACUUCCUGCAGUUCCAAUUCGUUUCUUCUUGUCAAUGGCUACAGCCUAGACAUGCGCUUUGGUGAUUUGUGUACGUAUCGAAAAGAAAUCGUAGAAACAAGUCAGACAUGUUGCGAUGGUUGGACAGGAGAAUAUUGCAGCACACCAAUUUGUACGGUAGCAUGCAGAAAUGGUGGUGUUUGUGUUCAACCAAAUAAAUGCCAAUGUAAUGAGAAGUAUAAAGGUUUAUACUGCGAAUACAACAUGGCUGCUGUGACUGAUGACUUGAAGUUUUGUUUUGAUUCAACUCUAUGCAAUGACACUGCCUCAGAAGCGCAUUCCGGUAACUUAACAACCAUGCUAAAUUGCUGUAGUGAGAGAGGAAUCGGUUCCUGGGGUGUACCCUCAGCGGAAUGCAUUUCCUGCAACUAUCAGACGAACAGUCCCAAGGAAACAGAUGAUCUUGGAGAUCAAAGCUGCCGCUUCAAAGACACUCGCAUGUUUAAGACCUUUGAUGGAAAGAUGUUUGCAAUUCCCUACAGUAAAGCUGCUAUUAAACUUUUAGAUUACAGCGGCUUGUGGUUAGUGAUACUAAAACUUGAAAACUGUGCUAGUCCGCUUCGGUGUCAAAAAACACUAGAAAUCAGAGUUGAUGGCAAAACAAUUACAACCAAUGGUACCCAUGUAGAGGUUGAUGGAAGCCUUAUGGAAACAGGGGAAUAUAGAGAUGGUGUUUCGUUGAGCACUCGCAAUGAGUACUUACAUCUUGUCGUCAACUCAAUUCCUAUCAAAUUCUUAUUGAGCGAAGAUAUGAUUCACAUGACACCAACUCCCAUUCUUUUCGAGAACGCUUUAUUGAAAGGGUUAUGUGGAAAUUAUGAUCAUGAUAUUAACAAUGAAUUCCAAAGCCGAAGUGGUGUCACAUUGACAACAGCAAAAAGUUUCGUUGAUCAUUAUAGAGUCCUCAAUGAACCAUACACACUACAUGAAAUCAUUGCAUCAGAAGGCAGUUCCUAUCCAGAGGCAAAUGCGAUAUGUAGUAUAAUAUCUUCAUUUAAAAGUUAUAGUGGCCACUCUACUAUGCUUGACUACUGCUAUGGCGUCGUCCGUGAAAGUGCUUCAGCAAGUGAAGCAGAGGAGGUAGCUUGCCUAAGUGUAAAAAAUUCAGCUUUUGAACAUGGAACUUUGAAUAUUACCAUUCCCGACUGGAGAGAUGAUAAUAGCAUUUGCUCAACUGACUGUCCUGGAGGAAUGGAAUAUAGUGACUGUGGACCUGCUUGCCCAAACUUUUGUGGUGGUAGUGGGAAUGCAGAAGAGAACUGUGAUUUUUCUUGUGUUCCUGGUUGCUAUUGCCCAAAUAGGCAACGCUAUGAACAAGGGAGGUGCAUAACUGAAGAAGAAUGUCCAUGUGAAUAUAAAGGAAAGAAAUACUCAAAUGGAUCAUCCACAUAUAUGGAUUGCAAUUACUGUGAAUGUGUAAAUAGUAAAUGGCAAUGUACAGAAAAGAAAUGUCCAAAAACAUGCAGCCUCAUUGGGCAAAACACUAUCACCACAUUUGAUUCAUUAGGUUAUACCAUAGCACCAGCUGCUUGUGACUAUACCCUUGUUCAUUCUACAAAUACAACAAACGAUCUAAAGAUAUCACUCGGAUUUGGGAGUUGUUCUUCUCCAUUUAAUUCUGACAUCAACUGUUUUAACCAACUUUAUGUUCAGCUGCAUCAUUAUUCUAUCACAAUCAAACCGACAGGACUUUUCGUCAAUUCCCUAUAUCAAGAUGAAACUGUUUUCUAUGGGAGCCACAUUUUUGUGAAAAAAGUAACAAAUACCUUCUACUUGCUUGAAAGUGACCAUUUCAGUAUUUCAUAUGAAGUAGGUGAAGCAAUCUACAUAAAACUGGAUCCAAGUUAUGGUGGAAAAGUGCUUGGCCUCUGUGGGAACUUUGAUUCAGAUUUAAAUAAUGAUUUCUUUAGCUAUAAUAAUUUAGUAUUGCAUAAAAGUAACUUUGUCAAAGAAUUUAUGAGCCCAGCAUGCCCUACAGAAGAAGAAGGAGACACUGAUUUGGACCCAUGUCUUAUAGACGAUUCUAACUUAGAAACGGCUACAACGUACUGCUCAAGUUUGGAGGAAAGUUCAGUAUUUAAAGAAUGUUUAAGCGUUGUUCCAUCAGAAGGAUAUAAAAAACUUUGCAUGAGGGAUAUGUGCAAUAGUGAAAUUGGCUCUUAUCAAGCAUUUUGCAUUGCCAUGGAAGCUUAUAUAAGAGAAUGUGCUGAAAAUAAUAUCACUGUUAACUGGCAGUCUAAUGACACAAUCAAAGAUGCUUGUCGCAUAUCAUGUCCUGAAGGUACAGGUCAGGAAUAUGUGAGCUGUAAAUCUUCAUGCCUGACAUCAUGUCAUGACUUAGAUAAGGACUUGUCACAAUGCAAAACUGGCUGUGUAUCUGGAUGUCAGUGUCCAGAAGGUACAUUGAUGAACAAUAUUGGAAUAUGUGUAAAAAUCUCAGAGUGUACUUGCUAUGAUAAACACCACAAGAAACAUUAUGAGAAUGGUGAAAAUGUACAGAUAUUUGGCCGAAAUUGUGAAUGUACUAGUGGUAAAUGGGAGUGCAAUACAACUACAGAAGAAGUGAUCUGCCGCAAAAAUCGUACAUGGGUAGACAAUGCAACAACCUGUCAAGAAACCUGUCAUACUUUAUCCAAACCUGAACCAUGUAUACUCUAUGACUCAGAGUAUGAAGGUUGUAGAUGUCCUCCAAAUUAUGUGUCAUCUCCAGAUGGUGAUUGUGUUUUACCAAGUGAAUGUCCUUGCAAAUAUGGAAAUACCUGGAAGCCUGCAGGAACCACAUUGGAAGUUGGUUGCAAAAAAUUAGAAUGUAUAAAUUCAGUAUGGCAGCAGAGUAGUGGUCCAGAGAACUGUCCAGCUGAAUGUUGGACAUCUGGUGCAUCUCACUACUCUACAUUUGAUGGUCUUCACUACUCCUUUGAAAGCGAUUGUGCAUAUACCUUUACAGAAUCAUUGGAUGGAACAUUUAAAGUUAUUGUCAGGAAUAUUGAAUGCAACUUCCCAUUUACAGUUUGCACAAAGAAUAUUGAGUUAAAAAUCUUCAACAAAACCAUUCACUUUGUACAAGGAAAGCCACCAACCUUUGAUGACUUGGAUAUUUCUGACAGAGGUCUUGUCUCGCAGAAUUAUUCAGUGAAGGAAACUGAAUUCACUUAUAUAGUUCAUACAUCUGUAGGUUUUACACUUACAUGGGAUAAAAGUACUAGACUGUAUGUCCAAUUGAGCGAUGAAUGGGCUGGGAAAGUACAAGGUCUGUGUGGCAACAGAGAUCAUGACUCUACAAAUGACUUUCAAACAAGAUCCAAUUCAGUUGAAAAAGUACCUUCUGAAUUUGCCCAUACUUGGAGAGUUACUGACUGUCUAAAGCCUCCUUCAACUUUGAAAGAUGCUUGUGAGCUACAGCCACGCAGAAAACCAUGGGCUAUUGAAUCAUGUAAAGUUAUUAAAUAUGGCAAUGUCUUCUCCUUAUGUCGAGAAGUGUUACCUGAUUCUGUUGUGCAGGAAUAUUAUGAUGACUGUUUACACGAUUCUUGUGGUUGCAACUUGGGUGGAGAUUGUGAAUGUUAUUGUACAGCUGUUGCAAACUUUGCCAGAAGAUGUACAAACAUUGGUGUCGUAGCUAGAUGGAGAAACAAUGAUAGGUGUGCUGUUAUGUGUGAUUGGCCUCGAGUCUACAAAGAAUGUGGUCCUCCCAAUCCUCCAACGUGUAGAGACAAAGAAGGAACCCAUCUUUUCGACAAUACUACUUUUUGUGUAGAAGGCUGCUUUUGUCCAAAAGGUUUGGUUGAAGACGGAGAAGACUGUAUUAAACCGGAAGAGUGUCCUUGUUUGCAUGAAGGGAAAAUAUAUCCAUCUGGAGCUAUUGUUAGUUUUAACGAGUGUUAUAACUGUACUUGUGAGUCUGGAGAUAUGAGUUGUAAAACAUGUAACUGUACUGAUGGCUUCGAAUGCUCCGAUCAUAUAUGCCUCAACAGCAGUAAAAUCUGUAAUACUAUAUUAGACUGCCAUGAUGGAACAGAUGAAAUGAACUGCAGAGUUACAACAAGUAUACCUUAUAUACCCACUGGAGAACCGUCUAACAAACCAAAUACAAAAGUAACCGUGCAACCACCAACAGGUAUAUUCCUUUUCAUUGUAUGCUCUGCCUUUCAUUUCAAAAGGAACCCAUCAUCUCUUCAUAUUUCUAUGCAAAUUAUGGCUCUGCCUCUCUUCUUCCUAUUCAAUCUCUCUCUGUCCUUCCUUUUCUCUGUCUCUCUCUUUCCUUUUCAACCUCUCUCUGUCUCUCUCAUGUUUCCUUUUAUCCUCUCCCUCUCUCUCUCGCUCUCUCAUUACCCCUGUCUUGCUCUUUCUACCACCCUCAUUACCUUACACCUAUAUCUCCUCACUCUACUUUCGUGCCUCUCAUUUAUUAAUGGUUUCCCUUCUCAGUCUUUCCACUCUCUCCACAUAUUUUUACUCCUCAUUUGCACUCAUAUUUUCACUCACUUCUAAAUCUUUCUGAUAAUCCAUUCCACAAGCUACGGAAGUAUAAAUUAUCCAGUUCUCAUUUGCAUGGGAUAUACAAAAUCAACGUUAGAACACCAAGAUUUCUUUCUAUCUCAUUUGUCUCUUAUUUCUACCAAUCUCUCUUAUCUUUUCUCCCUUUAUCUCACUUCCUCUCUCCCUCUCUCUCUUUCUUUCUUUCUU